AUAUCAGACAGCAGUAGACAGGCUGCGCGGAAAGUCGUUCGUACGGAAGUGGGCACUAGCGAUAGGCAGUGCUGGUUGUGCAGUGAAUGCGGUAGCUUGUAUUUUGUUGCUGUCUCGCGUACUGGAUUUUAUACUUCUGUUCCACGAUGUCGCAGACAAAUGGAAUUAACGGGCACAGUAAGGGAACUGUUUCGGAAAUGUCAUGGAAAGUUGGAUUAUUGAAUUGCCAUACGAAAUAUCUUACCGCAGAGAGUUUCGGUAAAUUGAAUAUCACCGGUUCAAAUUUGAAGAAAAAACAAAUCUGGACCAUCGAACAUGAUACAGUUAAUGAAGGGGUGAUUUAUCUCAAAAGUCCACAAACAACAGAUGAUACCUACAUAUUCAAAGACAGACACGGUAAUGUCACUCUGAAGGAAAAGGAGGAUGAGUGCAAGUUUGUCGUUGAGUAUGGCGAUGGGGAGUAUUCCGGUCUUUGGGCGUUUCGUAAUGUUAAGUCCAACGGACUUCUCGGCACUGACCCCGAGAAGAAGGACGAAGUGAAGUGUUUUAAUGAGGGGAAACCAACACACUUGGAGUACUGGACCGUCCAACUAUCGAUCCACCCUCAAGUGAAUAUCCAACAUGACAGUCGGUACGUUCAGCUCUGCAAUGACGAAUUGCAGUUUUCAGAAACCAUUCCCUGGGGUGCACCGUCUCUUAUUGUUUUGGAAUUCCAUGAAGGAAAAUAUGCCCUGAAAACUAGUGACGACAAAUAUCUAAAUAACGACGGGACAUUGUCCGAAGAAUGUACAGAUGAGUCAAAAUUCACACUUGAAAUCCAUUCUGGAAAGGAAAGAGUUCGUUUGGCGUUCAAGGACUGCCAACAGCGCUACCUUAAGACUGCCGGUCAUUCGAGGACCAUGAAAGCACGGAAUACGGCUGUCACGAAGGAUGAGCUAUUUGUCAUUGAGGAUUGUCAUCCACAAGUUGUGUUUAUAUCAGAUGCAGGCAAGAUGAUAUCCGUCAAACAAGGUGUGGAUAUAUCCGCAAACCAGAUGGAAGAGUCGUCAACAGAAACAUUCCAGGUUCAGUACCUCCCCCAACACUCCAAGUGGGCGAUCCAGACGAAUGGCGGCAAAUACUGGGUAAUGGUCAAUCCGGGAUCAGGCAUCCAAGCUAACAGCAAAGAAAUCAAAGAUGUCUCGCUAUUUGACUUACAAUGGCAAGGCGAUGGAACAGUAGGCAUUGUAGCCCAGAAUGGCAAAUACGUGUCCCACAAGUCAACCGGGGCCUUGGUGGCGACCGCUGACACAUUGGGGGAGAAAGAAAGAUAUAAAGUCAAACUCACCAACAGGCCGAACCUCAUCCUAAGGGGUCCACACGGCUUCGUGGGGAUCAAGCCCUCGUUCGAAUAUGUUUGUAACAAAGCCAAAUAUAGUGUUAUAUUAUUGGAAGGAAACAGCGAUGGAACAUAUUAUAUGAAAGAUUCUAACGGUAAAUACUGGAGUAUAUCUGAGGACUGUCACAUUAUCGCAGACGGUGACGAGCCUACUCCCUUUAUCAUAGAAUUCCAUAAGCAGACGUUCAUCACCAUCAAGGGACCCAAUGGAGGUUAUCUUCGAGGAGAACAGAACGGCAACUUCCGGGUUGUUGGGGAGGAGCUAGGACCGGAUACAUAUUGGGAGUUCUAAGUUAAAAACCAAGGCUAUCUUCAAGGACCGUAUUUUAAUUAAUGUCCACAAAGGAAUUACGUGGAACAAUUACGUAUUGUUCUGUGGUAUAACCUCUGAUAUACGAAUAAGGAUUGUUAUGUUAACAUUCCGCUUAUUAUAACGGACCAACAGGAGGUGAUAUAUUUAACUUUUCUCAAAAUGACCAAUGACCAAUGAUGACGCACGAAAUUCGUGUUGUGGACCAAUCAGGAUGUUGAUAUUACAUAAGUCCGGCCCUGUGUGUUUUGCAGGACUUCCUGGUAUAAUGCUGGUAUGGGAUCACGACUUCCGGUUUAGGCAAAUGUUUCCUUUCAUAAUGCCAAAAAAGAGAACCAAAACUACUACAAGUAUAUAACCGUGUAUAAAUACAAGUUAUAUGUCACGUGAGGUCGAUCCUUACAUGGGGAUUAACCCGCUUUCACAGUAGAAAGGAAGGAUUGGCGGAUUAUUUUGCAGUACACUAAUCGCCGACAUAUUAUGUACGCUAGACAGAUGGACUAGUGUGUGAGGAACGGGUGGAAAAUGGAUGAAUGCGGCUUUCUAGUAUAAUAUAUAUUACUGGUGAAUAAGAUGACGCGCUUUAUAAUCAAAUACAAAUUUUUUUUGUAAUAAAAAUCGUCGAAAAAUAAAGUUACAAUGAAUAAAUAUAA